AAUAAGCAAGAAAAUCUGCAAGAGGAGACCUUCUGAGAGAAGGAUGAUUUCUUUUUCUUUGCUAGGACUCUGUCUCCUUUCUCUUACAGUGGCAACAGCUGGAGCUCAGUCAUCUGAUCAUUUGGUGAUGUUUGCCUUACCCAGAGACAGUAUUACUUUGCCAUGUGGCAUCCCCUCUGUUAGAUCCUGCUCCUCUAUCAACUGGAACAUGACUGGCGAGUUUGGUUCAGUUACUGAAGUGGUGAAGGCUGGACAAGUGACAGCUCCAGACGUCCCCCGGCACGGCCUGCUGAAGGACUGCUCUCUGGAGAUUAAUCGCCCUGUACGCAAUGAUGCACGACUUUACACUUGUGGCAGUGGAGCACUCAACUCAAGUGUUUCACUUCAGAUUCUUGAACUUGCUGAGAACUUAGAUGCUGCGGAGGGCACAAUAGAACUUCACUGUUUCCUCAACACAUAUAAAGGACUCUUCCACUGUCACAACACAGGGAUACAUAUCAAGUGGAGUACUGAUGAUAAUACACCGAUAAAUGGAAAUAGAUUUCGCUUUGAAAACCCCACUGAAUGCUUCUCUAAACUGAUUAUCAAUAAAAAACUGACAGAUCAUCUCAGAAAAUGGAAAUGCCAACUAUCUCAGAAUGAUGUGGUUAAAGCCACCGUCAGUUAUACAACAAUAACAGAUGGCGAAGAGGAAGUGUUUGCUGCAGUGGGUGAGUCAGUGUCACUCUCUUGUAGCAAUGCUUCCUCUCUUGGUGUAAGAGGCAGCGUGGAGUGGGCUGCGGGUGGAAAACCACUAUCAGAUGGCACCUCACACAAAAAGGGCCAAUCAGAGGCGUUUCCUGUUAAUGAGGACUCAUCACUGUUCAUUAGGAAAGUGAGUGCUCUGAAUGCUGGGGACUACCAGUGUUCAGAGUCCAGUGAGCAGAAAAAAGUGUUAAACAAAAUCAGACUGCACACCCUCGAUGUUACUCCACAGUGUGGGCCAGGAGGAGAACACCUCACCUUGACUUGUGUGCUUACCUGCACUGAACAAUGUGACAAAGACUUCAAUUUAACUUGGUCUGGAAGUAGCCAAAAUAGCUGGCAGAGCAAUUUAAUGAAUGACAACAACACUCUUAAAAGCAAACUAGUUCUCCCAGUAUGUUCAAUGAGAUCUGAAGAAAUAACCUGUAUUGUGCAAAGAGAGGGUGCUGUGAUGGCAGCAAAGAAGUGGCCCUCUGUUAACUCUUUGCAAACACCUGCAUGGUUAGCCCUUCCUCUCAGCCUCCUGAUGUGUGCAGCUGCUGGAGGACUCUACAUGUGCAUGAAGAGAAAGCACAACAGGGAUGCAGCAAAUGAACAGUCGAGUAUUGGAAUGACUCAUGUUUAUGAUGUAAUUGAGGAUGUAAGUGCGGAGGGACUACAACAGCAAACACAAUCUAACAGAGAAGCAUCCACCACCACUGACAGUUUCUAUGAUUUAUUGCAAGCUGUAAACUAGAGCUAAAGAGAAGUGUGUGUUUUUGUCUCCAUUUUAACUUUGAUUAAAUCAUUUAACCACCAUCAAUAAACUAACAAUUUGUUUUCUAAA